AUGAGCGAACUUGCGGAGAAAGUACCUUCUUCUUGGGAGGAGGUCCAGGACUGUCUUCCCGAUUCCUACAAAUGGGACAUCGAAUAUGUCACCACACGUGGUGCGGGUGGGAAUGACACUGGUUGUUGGACAUGUACACCUUUGCAGGGUAGCGAGCCCGAGCAGAUCCCACUCACAAUAGCUGAAGCUCCUGUUGUGCUCCCUGUCGAGCAUCAAUGGCCGCCAAUCGGUGGAGUCAAUCCUCCCCCAGACCCCAGGCCUUCAGCACUGAUAGACUGUCGGACCGAACUGCCCAUGGAUACUAUACGGGAUCUCUUCCUUACCUUUGAAGGUAGUAUGGGCUUCUACGUUCUCAUAAGUGGCCUACUACAGAUCAUCGUUUCUGAUACCUUCGACACUACUUGGGCCUCUUCACAUUUGCCUCACAAGUACGGUGGCCUAAAGGUCUGCUAUAUCACGAAUACAAUGGAGCCUUCUAUGCUCCAAUCUAGUGUGGCAACCGCCCCUCGGGCAGGCUUGUCAAUACAAACGCAAACUUCUCGCUUGUCGAGUGCGACCAGACAAUCUCGAUCGACUCAGUCACUUCAGCUCAAUGACUUUGUCGAAGCUCGAGUAUCAUCGACAUCUCGAGAGAAAUAUGCGGGUAGAAUUGGGUUGAAGGUGUCAAAAGCAGGCCAACCUUACUUGGUGAUGUCUUCUCACGUCAUUACUGAGGCGAUCCUUAGCAAAUCUUUCUUCGGGUUGAAUCGUGAUCCGAUGAAGCGACUCCAAGAGGAUUGGAACAAAAACGCUGAAAUUUGGGCGGGAAACACGAAGAUCGGUACGAUCGAGAAAAGUUUUGACUAUGCCGCAGAGUAUUACCCUACAGGAUUCAAUCACGAUGUCACGUUGAUACGGCCUAGUACGACGGCUUCUGUUGCAGAUAUCGAAUCUCCGAUAGGUGACCUUGGCUGGCUUUGCCGAGAUGCCUGGUCAUCACUCCGCCAGCAACCUUCAGCCGUCAAGAUCCUUGGGCCAACAGAAACCGAUCGGAAGGCAAAAUGCAUCAAAUGCAACACUACCUCCGAGGCCAUCAUCGUGGGCGAAGGCAUAUUCCUCAAUCAAACCGCAGCUGCUGGUGCCAAACCUGCGAAGAGCCAUGAUGUUUCGACAUGGAACAAAUUUGUCUCACGAGCUGUGCUAUACCGCGUGAACCCUGACUUCAACCCACCUAACGGAUACAGUGGCAUUGCGUUAUAUGCGGAUGGCGUAAGGGAAGAUGGGACUCAAGGAUCCGGUAUUAUAGGCUUUCAAAGCUUCGUACAAAGAAGUGGCCACACCCAGAACUUCAAUUUGCCAGAGGGUCCACAUCUGGAGCAAAGGUUGAGAGAAGGGAGAGUAGCGUUCUACGGCGCAUUUCAAGUGCCCGACGAACUUCGCAGAGAGUACAGUAUCUUGUAG